UACAAAUUCUUCAAAGAAUGACAAAACAAGAGAAGCGGAACUAUUGUUUGCGUAAAGGGGAUGUGUUUGAGGAUGGCAACCGGAAGUCAGUUGGCUUUCCAACAUGGUGGCACCCAUGAAGAAUAAUCGCUGAAGGAGACGUUUAAUAAACGUUCUACAUCCUGGGUGUUUGUCUAGUGAUGGCCCCAUCAUGAAGUGUGCACACUGCCUGAUCCAGCUGCAGAGGCUUAGGCUGCUGGGCCAGUCCGCCUCAUUUGCAGGCAAAUAUGGCGCUCUGCUCCAAUCUGGUCAUCCCAGCAUCCUGCACAACACACAACCUCAGGUAUUGAGGCGUAUCCACAGCAGCCCACUGUGCUCCAAAGAUCGCAGAGUGCCAGCAGAGUUCCUCAAAGAGAAUGAUGGCAAGAACAAGUCUGUAGUCCCUCACGACCUCUUUGAGGAGUUGGCCCCUGAAAACAAAAGCAAGGCCUCCUUCAACAAGGUGGUGGACUUUUUCAACAAGGCUGACGUGAGACGGCGGGGUCACGUGGAGUUCAUCUACGCUGCUCUUAAGAAGAUGCCCGAGUUUGGUGUGGAGAAAGACCUGGCUGUGUACAACAAGCUCCUGGAUGUUUUUCCUAAGGAGGUAUUUGUGCCCAGGAACUUCAUCCAGCGCAUGUUUAACCACUAUCCCCGACAGCAGGAGUGCGCAGUGCAGAUACUAGAACAGAUGGAGACCUACGGCAUCACGCCUAACGUGGAAACUAAGGUGCUGUUGGUGCAGAUAUUUGGAGAGAAAGGCCACGCUGUGAGGAAGUACCAGCGCAUUAUGUACUGGUUCCCUAGAUUCAAACACGCCAACCCAUUCCCCAUCCCGCAUCAGCUGCCUGAAGACCCAGUAGAAUUGGCUCGCUUCAGCCUCAAACGCAUCGCAAGCGACCUGGAUGCUAAAGUCAGCGUUUACCAGAUGCCCCUCAAAGGGAUGGAAGACCACAUGACAGUUCCACACAUAGUAGGCAUCCAGAGUCCCAGCCAGAUGGAGCUCCUAGCCAAGCAUAACCCCAGCAGGCCGGUGUUUGUGGAGGGACCUUUCCCACUGUGGCUGAGGAAGACAUGCGUCCAGUACUACGUGCUUCGCGCUGACCCCACGCCACCAGACGAGAAGGUGGAGGAACCCUACGAUCCAGAGCGCUCCUUUGGCUACCCUCUGCAGCUCGACCUUGACUAUGACCGUGACCUUGGAGACAUCGAGACGUUUGACGUAGAAGACCUGGAUGAAGGUCCAGUGUUUGCCAUGUGUAUGACCAACCAGGGAGACCAGGUCACCCUCAACCAGUGGAUCUCUGGCCUCCAGGAGACCAACCCCAUUUUGGGUCAGAUCACCACCCUCUUCCGCCUGGAACCCGGACCCAGGGAGCUCCAGGCUGGAACCUACACAGAGUCAGAACACCACCACAGCUCUCGUACAGAAACCCAGAGAGAAGCAUCUACACCAGAAGAGGAGGAGGAGGAGGAACCAAGGAGGAGUAGUGGGAUGAAGCAGUGAGGAAGACAUCAUGACAUUGUACAAAUGUAGUAAUAACAAAUAAAUCCACAGCAAGAGUGACUUACGGCUGUCA